AGCACACUAUCUGUCAAUCGCACUAGUUCUAUUUUAAACGAUAUUACUUGUUAUUUUCUCUGCGUUGUAUGUUAAAUUUGAAAUACAACGGCCGUUGAUGACGUCACAGUAAUUGGUUACGAUUGCCCACUCUUUGUCUUUAGUGUGCUUGCUGAAAGAAAGUUCGGGCUUUUGAUUUAAUACUUUCGUUGUUUUUCGUAAUUCUUUGGAGAAAUGGAUAAUAUGAGAACAUUACAAGUUGGAUUAAUAUUUUGUUCUAUGCUCUCCAUAUUAUAUUUUUUGGUGGACUUUCGUCUAUUAUCAGAUCAUAAAUCUGCAACUAAAAAUAUAUUUUUUAUUGAAACUUCUGGAGCUUCUUCACUAAACUUUCGUCAGGUGUGCGCAAUUGAAUCGACUGCACGGCAUAAUCCUUUCAUGUCUAUUAUUGUAUUACUGUUCACUAAACACCACGUUAAGUAUGAAUUUUCCAAUGUGCAGAUGAGAUCAACAACAUUCGAAGAAAUAUUUGAAGGUACCCCUUUAGAAAAAUGGUACUUUCAGAAGAAGUGGAAUAGAAGCGUUUACAAAGUUUACCACUUGAGUGAUGCAGCCAGGUACGCUGUAAUUUGGAAGCAUGGGGGAAUAUAUUUAGAUCUAGAUAUUAUUAUGUUGAAGUCUUUACCUUCUUUCAGUAACUUUGUACUUAAAGCACGCGCAAAUAGGAUAUGUAAUGGCAUUUUUGGAUUGCAGCGGAACCAUUCUAUACUUUAUAACUGUAUGAAGGACUUCGUAAAGGUGUAUAAAAGUAACUGCUUUGCUUGUGUAGGACCGAUUCUAUUUACUAAACGUUUCGUUUCGUUUUGUGGCGAAAAAAAUGUAGACGAUGUCGAAAAAAGAAAAAGUUGCAAUGUUAAUAUUUUGAACCCGAUUUCAGCUUUUCCGGUUCCGUAUCGUAAAUGGAGAGAUUACUUUACAAAUUCUAAGAGUCUAGACAUAAUUGAAAAAAUGAAUAAUUCCUAUAUGAUCCACGUCUGGAAUAAAUUUUCUUCUAAAAAAAUUUUACAUAAGAAUUCAGGAAGCGUCUACGAAAUUGCAAUGACACGAAACUGUCCUACAACUUAUGCACAAGCAAUCAAGAGUGGUGGUAAGCUGUAGGCUAAACUAUUAAAAUUAUUUUUAUUUUCAUACUUAAUGGAACAAUAAAAUAUUUAAAUAAAGAAAGAAAAACGCAAUCUAUCAUGACAGGAUUUAAUGAUUGUGUUGUCAAGAUUCGAUAGAAUUGGGCUUUGAGUAAAUUUCUUUUGAGAAUGAGUUUGAAGAUAUUUCUCUAAGAAUCUUUGUUUUCUUAUUUUAUUUAUACUUUAUUCUGUAGAUUUGUGACAACUGUUUAUUUGUUGAAACUUAUAAUGCAUAAUAACCGAUAAACUCUCUUCAUUCCUAGGUAAAGUUGAAAUAUGGUGAUUAGAGUAGUUUAGGUCUUUUACUAAUAAAAAAUAUUAUAAUUAAAAAUAAAGAUUGUUUCUUUGCAUUGAGCAGCACAAUUAACAACUAUU